UGUACGUUGCGGAAUAAAAGACAAAGAAAAAACAAGUGGUGAAAAGUUUAGUGGUAAUGAGUGUGGACGUCACCCUCCUAACGAUACCGAUGAUCCAUUUGUUUGGUGGUUCAAGGAAUGGGGACAACAAUUUUGUAUCGAAAGGAAAAAACAUAUGAAAGAUAUUAAGGACACAUGUAACUCAAAUGUAAAUGAUAGGUGUAGUGUUAAUGGCGGUAAACAAGAAUUAAAAGACCAAUGUAAAAGUAAAUGUGAUGCAUACCAAAAAUUUAUAAGUGAUAGGAAAAAACAGUGGACGCAUCAAAAAUCUAAAUAUGAGAGAGAACAUUCUGGAAUGAAAGCCCAAGAAUUAUUAGGACUUAGUUAUCCCGAAUGUGUAGGAGCAAAUUUUGAAAAAAUAUUUGGAAACAGUGGUAUCACUACAACCAGUAGUACCACACAGAGUGUUAGUAGUGGCAGUAGUGUAAAACCAAGUUCUAGUGGUACCACGAGUGAGUAUAGCGAUGCUAGCGAUAUAUGUUCGUGCACAGACCAAACAUAUAAUUGUGAUGGUAGUGGUAGUUCCACGUGUCGUCCCAAAAGUGGCGAUCUAACUUCGUGGCGUACCGGUUUAUUAAAAACUGGAAAAAAUAAUAAAAAAUUACAAGGCGUGUAUGCUCCUCCACGAAGACAAAAAUUAUGUUUAGCAAAUUUACAUCCCAUAAAUUUUGGAAACGACAAUACCACAAAUACUGAUAGCAAAAAAAACGACAUAUUGAAUAGAUUACAAAUAGUUGCGGAACGGGAAGCGUACUACUUGUGGCUACAACACACAAGUGACAAUCCAAACGACACAUCGUAUCACAAUAGAGCCUGUUGUGCUAUCCGGGCAAGUUUUUUUGAUAUUGGUGAUAUUGUUAAAGGCACAGAUUUAUGGGACGAUGAAAGCAAAAAAUAUAUAGAUGAAACACUAAAAAAUAUAUUUGAAGAAGAUGAAAAACAGAAAACCAAAAGUAGAAAAAACAAUCAAAUAAAUACUGAUAAAAUUAGGUAUGCACGAAAAAAAUGGUGGGAAGGGAACAGAAAGUCGAUAUGGGAUGCUAUGAAAUGUGGUGUGAAAAACGCCAUGAGAGAAUUAGACAAAAAUGGAAAAACGGUUAGUGACGAUAAGUUGCCAGAUUGUAUGAACGAUAAAGAUGGUGGUAGACGUAAUUUCGAUUCAAUUCCUACGCCUCAAUUUGUGAGAUGGUUAGAGGAAUGGACUCAACAAUUUUGCGACGAAUAUAAAACAUAUUUUGGAGAUGUAGAAACACAAUGUAAGGUUACAGGUGCUAAUAAUAAUGAUAACUGUAACACUGGUGGCAAAAAUGAUUGUAAAAAAGCAUGUACGAAAUAUAAUGAUUGGAUCAAAUCAAAAAAAAAAGAAUGGGAUGGGAUGAGCAAAUAUUACGAAGAUGUAAAAGGUAAGGAUGAACAUCUAUCUAUUGAUAGAGCAGAUUAUCAUGCAGUCAGUCAACCUACAGCAAUUAAAUAUUUGAACCAAAAAUGUAAUCAAGAAAUAGAUGGAACAGAUAAAUGUUGUCAUUGUGAAAAAUUGGGUAAAGAAAAUACGGCGUCGACGUCUCCACAAACUAAUAAUGACCCACUCGAACAUAUGGAAAAAGUAGUCAAUAGAAAUGACGAUAAAUACAAAAAAUAUCUGCGACGGUGCAACAACUGUUACAUCCAACAUAUCAAUGAUCAAAUAAAUGAAAUCAAAAAUAUAUUAGAUAAAAGACGAGAAAAAGAAGAAGAUGAUGCCAAAAAAAAAUACGAUUUCGAUUGCGAAAUCAAUGGUAAUCAAGGUAAUGGUGGUGAUACAUUGUGCGAGAAAUUAAAGGAUGAUGGAAAAGAUGAGGAGGCACAAAAAUUAAAAGUUCCAGUUAACCCUGAUGGUACACAUUCCAAGAAAAAUAAAGAAAAUGAUGGUAACAUGAAUUGUGGAGGCAUACCUAGUAACAAAUUAGAUAAUAACAUACAAAUACCUCCAAGACGACAAAAAUUAUGUUAUAAUGGCCUGGACGAUUCAAAAACUCAACAUGGAUUGAAAUACAAAUUAUUUAGAGGUGCAGCAAAUGAUGCAUAUAAUUUAGGAAUAAAACAUCCUGAAUAUAAAAACCAUUAUGGAGUAAAACCUUGUAAAGCAUUACAAUAUAGUUUUAAUGAUUAUAAACAUAUAAUUAUGGGUACUGAUAAUUUAGAGAAUGAUGACAGUGAAACAAACAAAGCAAUAAAAGAAUCUCUCCAAAAUUAUAAUGCAUCUAAGGGUAAGAAAACGGACGACAAAGAAAACAGGAAACAAUUUUGGGAACAAAACAAAAAGUGUGUUUGGGACGUUAUGGUAUGUGGUUACAAUAAAGGAAAAGAUGAAGCAAAAAAAAAUAAAAGUAAUGGAAAUAAAGUCCCUGAAUUAAAUUCACCAGAAGGUGGAGGCAUUAAUAAUAUAUGUGAUAUGCCAGACACAAAUAAUAAUGACCAGUUUUUAUCUUGGAUGCAAGAAUGGUACGAUGAUUACUGUAAUAUACGAAAAAAGUUAAAAUCAGACGUGGAAAAUAAUUGUAGCAGUAUUGGCCAAAAUUUUAAUUGCGAAACAUGUCCUACAUCAUGCAACAAAUAUCAAGAGUAUAUGAAAAAGAAAAAACAAGAAUGGGAAGAUCAACAAAAAUACUAUACGUCACAAAAAAGUGGACCAUCUACCGAAUAUACUGAAAAUAAUGCCACGGAGUACUUGAAAAAAAAAUUUCCUAAUAGUUGUAGUGAUCAAUCAAGUGGUAAUCCACCACCAAGUGGUAGUGGUGACGAAGUGGAAAAGAAUAUCACCGCCCUAACUACGUCUUCGUCGUCUCCGUAUUAUGAUGCCGACUCACAUUGCGGGUGCAAGAAAUAUAUAGAGGACAAAGAAUAUGAGGAGAUUAAGCUUGGAAAUAAUUGUCAAGGAUUAAAAAAAGCAGCUGGAGAAAACAAGAUUAAAUGGGACAACAGUGAUGGAGGACUUAGCUAUUUGAAGGAACAUCCCUUUAAUAAAGACCUUAUAUCUCCAAAUGUAUAUCUUCCUCCAAGGAAACAAAAAUUGUGUUUUCAAGAUCUUGACAGCACAUCGGGAAAAAUUAAUAAUAAAGAGAAAUUGAGAAACCAAUUGAUGAAAGUUGCUGCUACUGAAGGGUACAAUUUAGGUCAAUACUACAAAGCAAAAAAAGAAAACGAAACAAAUGAACAAAAAGCAAAAAACUAUGCCUAUGAUGUCUUACCAUGUAAUGCUUUAAAAUAUAGUUUUCUUGAUUUAAGAAGUAUCAUUAUAGGAUACGAUAUGGUAGAACAUGAAGGUACUGGAACAGAGGAUAAUUUGAAAAGAAUAUUUAAAAACGAUGGUGGAAAAAAUAGUGAUGAUGGAAAACCCGGUAGUGAAAAACGUAAAGAAUUUUGGAAAAAAAACAAAGAAUGUGUCUGGAACGCAAUGUUAUGUGGGUAUCAAAAAGGUAAUGAUAACGACCUAGAAAAGUGUGACACAAAUACCCCUAGUGAGACUGAGUACCCCAUUGGAGAUACUCGUGAUAGUGGCAAAAACUACCAGUUUUUACGUUGGUUCGCAGAAUGGGGAGAAGACUUCUGCAAAAAACAGACGAAACAGUUGGAGAACUUAAAGAAGGAAUGUGAGGGAUAUGAGUGUAAUGAUGAGUAUACGGAAGAGAAAAAGAAUAAAUGUGAUGCUGCAUGUACAGUAUAUAAGGAAUUUAUUCAAAAAUGGAAUGAAGAAUAUCUGAAACAACGCAAUAAAUAUGACGAGAUUAAAAAAAAUGUAGAUAUUAAUGGUAUUGAUGAUGUAAAAAAUUCACAUGCAUAUCAAUAUUUACAUACACAAUUAGAAAAACAUUGUAGUAAAAAUGAUGAUUGUAAAUGUAUGAAAAAAAUUUUUACGCAACUUCAACCAUCAUCAUCAUCAAUUACACAUUCAUCUUCCGGCAAUGAAGAUAUGUCUGCAUCAUUGGAUGGAACAUCUAGUGAAUAUGGAAUAAAAUGCAAUUGUCCAGAAACAGAAAAUAUGAAUUGUGUUGAGGAAACGGCAAAAAAUAUAAAAGCAGAAGCAAAAAAGAAUCUGAAUAGUGAAUUGAAAGGGGAUAAUAAAAAUAUUAUUAGUGAUUGUGAUAAAGUUGACGACGUUAUAAAGAACGAAAAUGGUACUAAAAAAAUUAACGAAGAUCAAUUGAAGACUACAUUUCCAUCUAAUGGAGUUUCAUGUCCAAAUGAAGGAACUGAUCGUUUUGAUGUAGGUAAAACAUGGAGAUGUAAUAACAUAAAUAAAAAACAUGACAAUUUAUGUUUGCCUCCAAGAAGAGAGCAUAUGUGCAUAAAAAAAAUAAACGAUAUGAUGAGUGUAACUGUUAAUAAUAAAGAUGAAUUGUUAAAAGAAGUCAUAAAAGCAGCACAAGAUGAAGCCAUAGAUAUAUUAAAAAAAUUGAAACCAGAAAAAGAAACUGAAUUUUCUGAAAUAUGUGAUGCUAUGAAAUAUAGUUUUGCAGAUAUAGGAGAUAUUAUAAGAGGUAGAGAUCUGUGGAAUAAAGAUAAAAACUAUGCUAGAAGAGAACAAAGAUUAAAAUCAGUUUUCACUAAAAUAUAUCAAAACCUUGAAUCUUAUAAAAAAAAGAAAUAUACUAGUGAAAUUCCAAAUUUUUAUACGUUACGUUCUGAUUGGUGGAAUACAAAUAGAAAAAAUAUUUGGAAAGCUAUGACAUGUGUUGCACCAAAUGAUGCAAAAUUUCAAAAAAAAAAAGACGAAAAUGGAACUACAACAACAUCGUCACACGUUAAAUGUGGACAUUUGAAAACCACUCCUGUUGAUGAUUAUAUUCCUCAACCUUUUCGUUGGUUAACAGAAUGGAGUGAAUAUUAUUGUAAAGGAAUGAAUAAAAAACUGGCUGAAUU